UCGUAGCUUCUGUUUAAACACCAGACAAGGAUAACGGGCCUUACGGAAUACGAAAUAAUUUUAAAAAGAUUUGAGAUCAUUUCAACGCCUAGACAAGGGUAUCAUGUCACUACUGCAAUUGGGUAUUCCGGCACUAUUCCUUCUACUUAUAUUUGGAAGCAAUGUUUUUGCUCGGUCACCGAAAAACGAAAAAAUUGAAAGUAAUGAAUAUACAAUUCAUCAACAUAACUAUGAAGAGGAUAAGACAGAUUCCCCUAGUGAAGAUUUACAUGCUCAAGAUUCAAGCAAAAUCGAAUUUAAGAUGCACCCUAAUACAUCGACUACUAAUGAACGCAGCAGAAGAGGUUCAAAUAAAUAUGGCCACAAUGCCAUUUUAAAGCCAGUAAAUCGACGAAAAAAACACAUACUGCUUAAAGUUCAGCCCAGACCCAAAAAACGCAUUCAAAGUUCGCAGCCUCUGCACCAGAAUGCUGCCCAAGAUGAAGUAAAGGUUUUUCAUACCUAUGAGGAGACACAUGAGCAUAUUAUCGAAAAAGACGACGAGUCCAUCCCCGUAUCAAACGCCGAAGUUGAUCGAACGCCAGAAACAACAGAACAAUUGGAAAUACAAGCCGAACAACAAUUUUCUGACCCGAUUACUCAGGAGAGUCAACACUUCCACUCUGAGGAAGAAAAAUAUGAAAAACAUAAGAAGAUUAAGAUAAAACACCAUCACCACCAUCAUCAUCACAACCAUGUUAAGGAGAUAAUCAAAAAAAUUCCAGAGCCUUAUCCAGUGGAGAAAAUUAUUCAUGUGCCAGUGGAGAAAAUUGUUGAAAAGAUCGUUCAUGUUCCAAAGCCAUAUCCUGUGGAGAAAAUUGUUAAAGUUCCUGUCGAGAAAGUGGUCCAUAUUCCCAAACCGUACGCCGUUGAAAAGAUUGUAGAAAAGAAAGUUCCGUAUCCGGUGGAAAAAAUUGUUGAAAAAAUUGUACAAGUGCCCGUUGAAAAAGUUGUAGAAAAGAUUAUUCACAUACCUAAACCAUAUCCGGUGGAGAAGAUUGUGGAGAAAAUCGUUCAUGUUCCAGUUGACAGAGUGGUGGAGAAAAAGGUACCAUAUCCUGUAGAAAAGAUUGUUCACGUGCCAGUUGAAAAGAUUGUUGAAAAGAUUGUUCAUGUCCCAAAACCCUUUCCUGUUGAGAAAAUCGUCAGCAAAUUAGUAGCAGUACCUAAGCCUUAUGCAGUUGUCAGGCCAGUUCCGUACCCAGUCGAAGUAAAAGUUCCAAUUCAUGUGGAAAAACCAGUUCCUUACGAAGUAGAAAAAUAUGUUCCAGCUCCUUACAGAGUUGAAAUAGAGAAAAAGGUUCCAGUAUACAUUCAUUCGAAGGAGCCCUACAAAUUUGAACGUACGAAACAACAAGAGAGUCAUAAACAUACCGAUGAUGACUUCAUAGACCAUGAACAUAAGGGUCUUGCACAUAGUCACCAACAAAUUGAAUCUUUUGAUUACCAUAAUCAUGAUUUGUCAGUGUUUCCGUCGGAUCACAAGCCGCGCUUAACCAAAUUACAGCAAAGCGACCCUAAUGAAGCACAGCCAAUACAACCCCAACCCGUGAGAACUGAAUUGUCAAAUCAACAUUUAAACAUCAUCGGCUUUAAAAAACCAGAACAAAGCAAGGAAGGACAACAGAAGCAACACAAGCAACAUCAAAUGCAACAUCAACUCCAUCGACAACUGCAGAAUCAGCCGCAUUUGUCCUCCAUAUCUCAAGAGCCUACCGUUCAAGAAAGUAGAAAUAUUGCAGUAUCUGUACCACCCAAAUCUAAUCCCAAAUUUCACAUAAAUGUUGAAGAUGUCAAUGAAGAAGUAGAAAAAUCCAUGCAGUCUUCCGAUAUGCUAACACAGGCGUCUACGAAUUCCAUGCAAAUGGUAACACGUAUCCAACCAAUUGCCCUACCCAUUCACUUUCUCCAAUACCAUCAUAUGCCGUUCCAACAACCUCUAGGUUUCUCCUUGGCCACGACGGCUAACUGAUGCUAU